UCCCACCUGCACCUUUGAAAUACCAUCAAUCAGGUAUUAAGAAAUACCUGGAUGACUGUUUCAUCAGGAUUUUUAUGAUGCUUGUAAAUUCUGAAGAUAUGACCUGAAGAGGCUGGUCAGUGACCCCCCCACUAGGAAUGGGAUGCUGGUUGUCUCCUACUUGGAUGUACAUGUGGGGUUCCAGCAAUAUUGGGAUGGAGAGAAUGUUCUAGAAUAAGGAAGAACAGAAGAACAGGAGCUGGUGGUUUUAUUUAUGUCCAUUUAGGCUCACGCCCCAGGCCAGUUUUCUCAAAGACAUGCCGUUCCCCUUCAAGAUCCGGGGGAGGACCAAGUGUUACUGUGUCCUGAGUAAGAACUGCUUCUUGACCCGUGUUCAGCUGCUGGACAGCGGCGUAAUGGAGAACACGCGGCCCGUGGACAGCACAGGGCAGGACUGCCUGGACGAGGUGGCCCAGAAGCUUCAGCUCAGAGAGACGCGGUAUUUUGGCUUGUGGUUCCUGAAUAAAUCUCACCUCCGGCGAUGGGUGGAGCUGGACAAGGCCUUGAAGAAGCAGCUUGAUAAAUUUGCCAGCGAGCCGUUGCUUCACUUCGGCGUGAUGUUCUACGUGCCGAAUGUCUCCCGCCUGGAACACGAGGUCACCAGAUAUCAGUACUACCUUCAAGUGAAGAGGGACGUCCUCGACGGGGGGCUGAGGUGCUGUUUACAGCAAACUGUCAGGCUAGCAGGCCUGGUGCUGCAAGCUGAUUUUGGAGACUAUGACCAAUUCCCAUCUCAGGAUUACCUUGAGGAUUAUACGUUAUUUCCAGUGAACUGGACCGUCGUCCGGGACGUGUUGGAGGAGUGGACCCAGAAAGUAAGUGAGGAGCACCAGCAGAACUGUGGAUUGACACCUACUGAAGCAGCAUUUCUGUAUGUUAAAGAAGCAGAAAAGCUUGAUGGCUUUGGGCAGGAAAGGUUUGCUGUCAAGGACAGCUACAACAAUUUCAUUUACCUGUGUGCCUCCUUCAUUGGUGUGUCUGUUAAGAGCAAAGAUGGAAGAUCGUUGAUGCUGCACAGAUGGAAUGACAUCAAGUCCAUCUCACGCAACAGGUCCACGGUCACCAUGGAGAUAAUAAGCAAAAAUGUUACCAUUACAUUCCACACGGGUGAUAUGGAAAACUCCAAAUACAUUGCAAGACUGUUCACCGGCAAGCAUAAAUUCUACGCGCAGAACAAAAUAAGUUUAAACUUAUCACGCUCACCGCUGCAGAUCCGGAAACGUACCACAUGGGAUUGGUCCGCUAUGGCACGAUCUCCAUCCUACACGCUCCAGCCUCAGCAUUCUCAGUGCGGGGGAUUUUGCCAAGACCCUCCGUGUUCUCAGGACAGUACUGAUGGUCCCUAUUAUGAAUCCGAGCCCAACUUCCUGAAUGGCACGACUCAUGACGGCAGCUUGUACAGUGCGCCCAGCACGACCUCCCUCAGCCGCUCGCAGACCAUCAUCCAAACCUCCCCAAUAUCCUCCACCCUCAGCGUCCAGAGCAUCGACGUCUCACCUCCUGAAUACUCCCUUGGCCGCCGCCACCCGGGAACUGCGCCUUCUUACCGCCACACCCCCGACUACGAGAGCGUCAUGCAGCAGAAGCUGAUUGUGGCGGCCAAGGCUCGCCGCGGCCAGUCCCUCUACGGCCAGCCAGAGAUGAGGGAACGGGUCGCCCCAUACCCCAGUCCUCAUAACCCUCAGAUUAGAUACAGCAUGCCUGUGACGACAGCUACACAUGAGAACCUUGGGUGUAGUUACACAACUAAUCCAGCUGAGGGCAGCACCAUCGUGCAGACAGUGAGUACACCAGAACUGGCCCACGUAAGACCACAGAGUACACAGUGCAAUAGCACCACCCACAUGCCAAGAGGUCCCCUGUCUCGCCCGCCCCCCUCUUAUCCCUGCUUCCGCCCUGCGGCAAGCUCCACUGACUUGAGUCCCCAUCUCAGGCGUAUGGGAGGCAGCAGCCCAGAGCUGGUCUCCAGAAAGGUGCAGCCGUCUGUAAAGACCUUCCACCCGGACAGAUCUGCCAUAGUCCCGCGCCCCCCCAGCUUGAGAGCUGCACAGCACCAGGUGUCCUUCAAGCACUGGCAAAGCCUGGAAGUGAUGAGCAGCAUGGUGCAUGGGAUGGAGGCCAUGACCCUUAAGGUGCUCAAUGCCCCACUGCUGCAGAGGAGUACUCUUAGAGAUCAGCUGGCUCCUUUUUCCUCUGAGAUGCCCAUCCGGAAACCCACCGAGAACCUUUCCUCCUACCAGCAUGUGAGGAACCCAUCCAAUGCCACCGUACUCAUCCACAGUAGCGGGAGUGAAGAGGAGGAGAUACUUGACCCUGGUCUUCAGGGUCUGAGAUUCAGGCAGCGACCCAUCAGUCCACAUCUGAGGGCAGCUCUUGCCAGAAUCCCAAACACGCCCCCACCUGAGUAUCCAGGGCUUGGGAGGGUCACCAGUAAGGAGGACAUGGUACAUAAGAGUGAAGGCCAGAACCGAGUCAGUAAUCUGAUGCGCUCAGAAACCCAGCUCAUAGGGUCCACGCUUGGGCUGUCCAUCUCGGAGCCGAACCUGGCGAGUAUGAAGGAGAGGGUCAAGAAGAAGGUGGGCAAAGAGAGGCCUGUCUCAGAGAUGUUCUCCAUUCGGGACAGCAUUGUGGAGCGGGAGAUUAUGCAAAGGACACGGGAAAAGCAAAAAAUGGAGAUGGAGCCUCUGAAGAAGCCUUUGAGGAUGGCAUCCCAGAAUCGCUUCUAUGCAGCCGGCUCGCCGGGCUCUGAGAACCAGCAUGCUGACUCUGGUCCUGUAUCAUUCGCUGACGAACCGGGUCACAGGGGGGGCUGGAGCCAAUCCCAGGCAGCACAGGGCACAAGGCUGGGGUACAGCCUGGAUGGGAUGCCAGUCCAUCACAGGCGUCGGUUCAUGGAGAGGAGACUGGAGGAGGAGCUGGUUACCGCAGAGUCUCCUGAUGAGAUCCACGAGAAGGCUGCUGACAGGGUGGCCAUCGUGGCAUCGCUACCAGGCAGUGCUAAGCGGAGCCAGUUCCUGCGCAUAGUGCCAUACGGGAACGACCACAUAGGGCUGUUUCCUAGCAGUGAUGAGAGGGGUGGCUACACCAGUGCUUUGCACAUCAAAGUUUGACAGGAGCUUUUAGAACUCUGAUAAGAAUAUAAGAAAUUUACAAACGAGAAGGUUUGAGGGGAACUUAACUAAUAGCUCAGAAUUGUUAAAAUCUUAUCUAGCUUUGAUUUAAAGGAACCCAGGGUUUUAGCUUGCGCUACACUAGCAGGAAGACUAUGUGUGUUUACUACAGUGAGAGGGGAAAUGGUGCUUGUUUGACAAAUUUUACACCACGCACAGGGGGUUUGUUUGUUGUACUUUUUAAGUGCAUUUUAUUGCUUGUGGUGAAGAAACUGGUGAGCAUUGGCAAAUUAUCUGUUAUGAAUUUCC